AGUUUUUCCCAAAGCAUUUAUCAAAUGUCGUCUUCUUCAGUUGGAUUGACAGAUUCUGAUUAUGCUUGAUUUCAUUUUUGAUCAUAAUCCUAACGUUAUUCGUGCGUAUUUACGUUUUUGAAUGGUUACUCUUGUGGCGCCACAAAACUGGGAAGCGCUGCCUGAACAGCUAAACUCAGAGAAAACAAGCCCCUUUUCCCAUGGCAGCCAUUGUAUCUUUUCCCCGCCUUCAACACAGAGAAAUCGUUAACUCCCUCCUGCUUCCGUUGAUAUGUUGUGAAUAUGGCUGCAAGUGAAACUGUAAACAGCCACCUAAAUGACUUCGAACCUGUGGUCAACCGCUGGCUGGUGGAUUAUUAUUUUUUUCUGGCGCUAGAGUUGUUUGAAAAGGAGCAAUACGCGGACUUCUGUGACAUUACAAAUGUACUUGAACGUGUCUUGGCUCGUCCUAUGGAGGGCACUGAUACCAGUCCAACAAAGAUUCUAGUAUUGCAGUUUCUCUGCCGGAUACAUGCGGGUGAAAGUCCUGACAUGUCAUUUGAGUCUGACGGGUCAAUAAGUCCUCUGGAAUCAGCCUUAGUGUUACUGGAAAAAAAUUACCAGAAAUUCAAUAUCCCACCACAGGAUUUCAAGAAUGUAUGCACUUCACUUAAAGAGAUGAUCGUGGGGAUUUUCAUUAAGAACAAUGAGUUUGACAAAGCAGAAGAGGUGCUGAACAAACACUGUCCCAAACCAGUGGUUGGCAAGAAAGCUAUAUUCAUGGGUCUCAUCCGUCAGAAGAGUAACACACAUGAAGUCAUCGAGCAAAUCAACUUCAAAUGGUUCAAGGAGGAGAUGUUGGCCUUUUGCCAGAGGCUCCUCCCAUUCAGUGUUCCCUUUCUCCACAAGGCUGCAAAACGGCUUGCUGAUGAAAGACUUGCGAAGCCAGACAACAAGGCAGCUGGACCUGAUGAGCAAGACGAACCCGGCCCAUCCUCUAGUGCACGAAGAAACAGUGUCCAGUUUGCACCAUUUAAACAUAAAACUAUCGAGAUGACCAGGCUGGAGGUGACCUACAGGGCUUUGGCUGCAGGUUCAGAUGAGAGAACAUUUGCUCAGCUGGAGGAAGAGGAGCAGGCAAGAAGAAAAGAUUUUUCCCUGUGCCUCUCACCUACUCCCAAGAAGGGCACCAAGCGGGACUCAGCGCAGGAUGGGCUUUUUCAGAGAGACUCUGGCAGCCCCAUGGAGGCUUCCCCAGCAGACCAACCACAAACACAUGCUGUUCCUCAAACCCAGGCAGGUUCACUCUCAAAAACACCCUCAGUGCUGAGGAACAGGCGGCUUUACACUGUGGCACGACUGGUGGUCGAGCCGGACAGCCAGGGGAGCUCGCAGUGCACAACAGCAUCUCAGGAACUGGAGGUUGAAGUAAGGACAGAAGAGCCACUACAGUCACCGACUAUACACAAUAAUAAAGACCUGCAGAACCCAGUAGCAGACCAUGAGUUUACCAUACUCACAUGGAAGCACCCCAGACGAGCCAACAAAAUCUACAGCAGCGCCUCGACUAGUUUGGCAGAGUUGUCAGCAGACAAUGAGGAGGAGCCCCCUUGCUCUGUGGCCAACGGGGAAACUUGUGUGGGAAAACUCCAUAACCAGUCCAACAUUUCGCUUAGCAGAAACUCCACUAAGUCAAAGCAGUCGUCAUCAGACAGUGAGGAAGAAGACCAGCAGGAGUCGCCGGCUUCCUGCAAAACCCCAGUGCGGAAACCUCGUGAACAACUUGCCAGCGAUCCUCUCAGCAAGGAUCCAGAUAAUACAGGUGACAUGUGUAUCAGAGAUUCUUCAUUGGACAGCUCACCCGAACAGUUCCCUCUUCGCCCCGUGCCUCAAACAAGCUCCACCCCUCACAAGGGCUCUGCUCAAGACAAAGGUCCUUUCCAUUCAAAAUGGAAAUGGCUGUACAAUAAUGCAAAGGAGAGUAAGGAUACAUGGAGCGAUGAAGAGUCUUUUUUCACCUCCAGAAAGAAGAGCGGAUCGCCCAACGAGAGCACCAUUUCAAAUUCAGGCCACAGGAAGAGGAAGUGGACUGAGAGUGAGACUGAGAAGUUGAGAGAAGGGGUCAAAAAAUUCGGAGAGGGCAACUGGAGUAAGAUUAAGGCAUAUUACUCCUUCAAGGAUCGAACAAAUGUCAACCUUAAGGACAGAUGGAGAACAAUGAAGAACUCAAAGAUGGUGUGAGCAGUUCAAGACAAGUUCAAGUGGACUUGAUGCCACAAGAUGGAGAACGUUCUAAAGUGAACUUUUUUUCCCCCACCUCCACAAUUUUGGUUCCUCAAAGGAGUUUAAUUUUCAGGUUAUACCGCUUCAUGUCAUCAUGUUAAAAGCUAUUGUACAGUUUAGAUUCUUGACACUUUCCAGUUCAAUAAAUUUUCAUGGUUAAAUUUG